GCUAGCACCAUCCAAGGGAGUCGGGACCGGGUUACCUAGGUAGAUGCCUUCCCUGACAGUGAUUUUGGAAACGUGUUCCUGAUCACUACAGCUUGGAUGGGUCUCCUGAUCACUUCUUGACAAAGUAUGAGAGCUGGCUGCAGCUUAUUUUGAUGUUAAGCAAUUCGAGAUGAGAAGAAAGCAUCUUUGGUGAGAGCAAUGCAUUAAGCAAACAAUUGAAUCAUACUCAAUCACCUACCGGGAUCAACACUCCCGGCCCCCGGACUCCCGGAGUCAAGUUCUUUCCAGGAGAGCCAUCAUGCCAUGCAUUAUGCAUGGUCCUGCCAGGUCAGCCUGCUGAGGAUAAGUCCAGAUUUACCGGUAGAUAGAUUUCUUUUACCUCCUCUGUCCUCUGUACCUCUACGUCUCUCGGGUGUGACGUCAUAGCCAGUGGCAUUAAGCUGAAAUGUUUGCGCAAAUGUUUAAUAUUCCUGUGUUGCAUGGCCGCUGAUCAUUCAGCGCAUGCAUGAUGCCGCACCCAUCCUGCAGCUAGUCCUAGGAUCCUACCGGUACUAUGUUGUCGGCAGGCUACAGUAGUCUUUUGACUCUGAUACCUCUUAUAAAGACCGGGAAAAGGCGCAGCAUUCACAAGAAGCACUCCAACCACUUUUCUCACAGGCGCUUUGCUGCAGCUUGCCCGUAAAAUUCUGCCAAGAGCUCGACAGACUUAGAGUGCCUGCCCUGGGGUGUCCAGCAUACUAGCGAGCAGCUGGUUGCCAAGAUGAUGCUCCGCUGUACCGUUGCUCUGUUCCUGAUUGCGAGCUGCCUCUCUCUUCCUACGGCAACUCUUUCUCAGUUCUCCAUUGUUGAUUACGACUUUUCCUGCGGCACUGGCUUCAUUCCCGUGCAAGAGUCCCCCACCUCUGAACCGGACUGUUAUUCUGAUCCAUGCUACGGAAAUCCUGGUCCCUGCGGUGCAGGUAACCAGUGUACGGUCAAGGGGACCACCGUCUUGGGGCUUACCAUCCUCGAGUCUGUGUGUACCUGUCCGGCCCCAUCCGUAGUCAGCCACAUCGUCUACGUAGACUUCUGCUACGUGCCAGGGACUGAUCGAUGCAAUCCCAACCCAUGCAAGAACGGAGGCACGUGUGAGGCAGUCACAGACUUCAAUGGUGUCAAAGGUGCCUUCGUUUGCACCUGCCCUCCCACUCUCGAGGGGACCACUUGCGAACUCCCAUCCAGACAGCCAAGACCCAUCCCAAUUGUCAGAAAUGGAACUCGCCCGCCCACCCCACCGCCUACCCCGCCUCCCAGCCCCGCUCCUACCGUUGCCAUCAUCGGGGACCAAGGCGUGUGCGGCAAACCGGGGGAGCCGUUUGGCUUCCCGGUGAGAUGCUACUUCAACAGCGAUCCGCAGGGCCGGUACGUCUGCUGCGAUAACCAAGGCUGCAACGGAUUCAACGCCGAUAACCUCACCCCACGCUGCAAGAACUAUGGACACGUGCCUUUCAACUUCGGCUUACCAGUUCCUACCAUUGGCGACCAAGCGACCUCGAACACCUCUGACACCACCUGCGAAGAGGCCCGAAAGGACCCUCUGCUGGUGGAGUUCAGGCCUUUGCGGUAA